GAAUAUCGGAUGCAAUAUGUCAUGUCAUACACGAGUAUUGCGGGCUUAGAUUUACUUUUCCGUCAAGGUAAAUCAGGGAUUGCAUCACUUGCAGUCUCAGCUUUGCUACCAACACGGUGUUUCAAGAGACCUGAGGUGAAACAGUCGACCGAGAUUUGCAAUGAACUUACAGUUCUUAAGAUAGAAUUAUUGAGCAUAUGGAAGUAUUAUUAUAUUUUGUGAUCUUUCUGUGACACAAACUCAUACAUUGCCAUCAAAUUUCAUUCCAGCAUCCGACUUAAUGGGCACACUAACCAAUAUUCGUAAGUUGACGAAAACUUUCACAGCAUCAGCCCCUUCAGAAACUCCGAAGUCUCCUGCAAACACUGGGAAACCUGGUGAAAAAUCACCUGGCUUAAUGAGCACAAUAACCGACUCACUCAAUUCCUCAGUUUUCAUUCAAAGUAACGAAGACUUCAUGAACUUCAAUUGUACUGAUUUUCUCACCACAAAUGAAAAUGUCUUACAUUGUAUGCCUUCGGACAGAACACCACAAACAUCAAGCGCUGUACAACCAUCAUCCCCCGCUGCAAUGCCUUCUGGUGAUUUAAUGAGUUCAUUAUUGGGUGAUUCUCAUUGGCUAAAUAUUCGAAUUCACUAUCUUCCUUUGUGCAAUCACUCGCAAAAAAUUGGAAAUUUCUUCCCUGGAUCUGGUGGCGCAGGGGGCGGCCUAUCAUCAUUGCUUGGACUUGUAUCGCGUUACAGUGGUGGUUUAAUACCUGCUACACUAAAAUCAGAGAAAAUUGACAAACCGUAUAAUACAACCUGCCUACAAAUUAAGCCUUCAUGUGGUGGACUGUAA